GACGGGUGACGUAGCGUACGGGGCGGUGUUCUCACGUUCCUGAAAAAAAAGGGCAAAAAAACACUGCUGCGGUCCUACAUCUGGAGUGCAGAAGUAGUGGUCGGGGGAAUCUAGCUUAUAGUAGGGUCCCACAGUAAAGGCUGCUCGGCGCUGUGCUCCCGUUUCCUGGCUUUCUCCUCAAGGAUUCCGUCGCCCUGUCGACAUCACCAUGCUGGCUGUGCUCGCUGGAACUGUCAUUUUACACGUCAUAGACUUGAUUCUUCUCCUCAUUUCUACAUCUGCAAAUGCCUGGAAGACAUUAAAGGAGAGCAGUUAUGAUCUCUGGUAUAACUGUCAGCUAAGAGAUGAUCAACAUAAAUGCAUAAGUGUCAGCAACACAGACUGGCUGCAGGCUGUGCAGGCUCUAAUGGUUCUGGCUACACUGUUUAGCUCAGUUGCUUUCAUCAUCUUCCUGUGCCAGCUGUUCACGCUGGCCAAGGGCGGUCGGUUCUUCUUCACUGCUGUCUUCCAGGUCCUCGCCAGUCUCUUUGUGAUGAGUGGAGCUAUAAUCUACACUGUGAUGAGUCCAGAUAAGUCCAAAGAAGACGGCUCGUACGGCUACGCUUACGUGCUGGCCUGGCUAGCCUUCUCCCUCACUCUGCUCAGCGGCUUCAUCUACAUCAUCCUGAAGAAGAAGGAGUGAGGGAGAGCCCAACGGAGGACCCCUCCCUCGCCCCGCCGCUGAGAACGCGGCUCAGCCCACACGCUCAAACAGGCUCCUCUCUCUGGCCUGUGGGUCAAUACCAAACGUGAACAAGGACAACAAAAAGUCACGAAGAACCACUGUGGUGACUCACAGAUGACGAUGCGCCUCACCGUCUGUGGCUUGUGGCAUUAUUUAUAUCACAUACACACAGCUUUUGUAAAUACAAAUGUUGAAACCUUGUCAAGGAAGACCCCAAAUAGUGAAGCUGACCACAAAGGAAAAAAGGAAGGAAGAGUAUACAUCUUUUAUGCUUGUGUUGUUUGUUUUACCCCAUAUUAAGCAUCUUGUAUGUAAUAGAAGUAUGCUCUGAAAGGGAAAUGACUUGAAAUUGUACUUGUCUUUUGGUGAUAAACCAAGAAGAAUUGUUAUAUAUUUUCUUUUCUUUUUUUUUCAAAUUUGUGAAACGGUGCUGUUUUUUUCACUAAACUUAAUAGCUAGACAUACAUAUAGGCUCAAAGUGUGUUUUAAAUUGAGCAGAAUCAACAUAGUGUAUUGUAUCUGUGCUCAAGUAUCUCUUUUGAAUUUAAAUCUUUCUGUAUUCCUUUUUAAUAAGACAAAAAUAAAUAGUCUCUAAUUUUCAGAA